AUGAACGGUCCAGGGUUCGAAGAUGUUGAAGAUAAAGAUGGCGUCAGGCUCUCAUGGAACGUCUGGCCAUCCAGUCGUAUCGAAGCUACAAGGACUGUCGUUCCUAUCUCUGCCUUAUAUACUCCCUUGAAGGAAAGAGAAGAUCUACCUCCUGUGAUGUACGAACCUGUCACUUGUAAGGGUUCUUGUAAAGCUAUUUUGAACCCCUAUUGUCAAGUCGAUGUUCGAGGUAAAAUGUGGAUAUGUCCAUUCUGUUUACAACGUAAUCCUUUCCCUCAACAUUAUCACCAAGAUCUUUCACCUAACAAUCUUCCUCCUGAGCUUUUACCAAAAUUCACAACUAUCGAAUACACACUUUCGAGACCUGCGCAAAUCCCUCCAGUCUUUCUUUACGUAGUGGACACUUGUGUAGACGAAGAUGAACUCAAAGCUUUAAGAGAAACUUUGGUCGUCAGUUUGAGCUUGUUACCUCCUAAUGCUUUAGUCGGUUUGAUCACCUUCGGAACUAUGGCGAUGGUCCACGAACUUGCGUAUGCGGAUUGCCCAAAGGCAUACGUAUUUAGAGGAUCAAAAGAUUAUCAACCUAAGCAAAUCGCAGAUAUGUUAGGUCUCAAUCCUUCCUCUAGACCUCUUCAACCAAUGAGACCAGGUCAACCAUUACCCGCUCCAGCAGCAUCGAAGUUCCUCCAAACUGUUGAGACAUGUGAAUUCCAACUUACAAACAUCCUUGAAAAUCUUCAAAGAGACCCUUGGCCAGUAGACCAAGAUAAAAGACCACUUAGAUGCACUGGUGUUGCUUUGGGCGUAGCUACUGCUUUGCUUGAGAGCGCAUUCCCUAACACCGGUGCUAGAAUCAUGCUCUUCUCCGGUGGUCCUCCUACCGAUGGUCCAGGUUUGGUCGUUAGUCCUGAACUCAGAGAACCCAUUCGAUCGCACCAUGACAUCGACAGAGACAGCGUUAAGCACUUCAAGCGAGCCACCAAGUACUACGAAGGUCUCUCUAAACGAGCUUCUGCUAACGGUCAUGCCAUCGAUAUCUAUGCCGGAUGUCUCGAUCAAGUCGGUCUCUUGGAAAUGAAAUCGCUCACAAAUGCCACCAACGGUUUCAUGAUCAUAUCCGACUCGUUCAUGACAGCCAUUUUCAAGCAAAGUUUCUUGCGAACUCUGGGCAAAGACGAACAAGGUUACCUCAAGAUGGGUUUCAAUGGUACUUUCGAUGUUUUGACUACCAAAGAACUCAAGAUAUCUGGUGUUAUCGGCCACGUUAUCUCAGCCAACAAAAAAUCGCAAUGCGUUGGCGAGACAGAAAUUGGUAUUGGACAAACGUCAGCUUGGAAAGUUUGUUCACUUACCCCAAAAACUUCUUUGGCCGUGUACUUUGAAGUUGUUACUCCUGCUGGUCAAGCUUUAUCCCCUAAUCAAUCAGGUCUAAUCCAAUUCGUUACUCAUUAUCAACAUUCAUCCGGUCAAUAUCGAUUACGAGUCACAACUAUAUCUCGAACUUUCCAAGAAGGAGGACAUCCUUCUAUUGCAGCUUCGUUUGAUCAAGAAGCAGCCGCCGUCCUCAUGGCUCGAAUCGCCGUAUUCAAAGCUGAAAUUGACGAUUCACCAGAUGUACUCAGAUGGCUGGAUAGAAUGCUCAUCAGAUUGUGUCAGAAAUUCGCGGAUUACAGGAAAGAAGAUCCAACAUCCUUCCAGCUCAGCCCAAAUUUCAGUAUUUACCCUCAAUUCAUGUUCCAUUUGAGAAGAUCUCAGUUCUUACAAGUGUUCAAUAAUUCUCCUGAUGAAACAGCAUUCUACAGACAUGUGCUCAAUGAUGCCGAUGUCAACAAUUCUCUCAUUAUGAUUCAGCCAACGUUGAUGUCAUAUGGAUUCGACACUGAGCCUCAUCCAGUCUUGUUAGAUUCCGUUUCUAUCCGACCUGAUGUGAUUUUACUUUUGGACACAUUCUUCCAUAUUUUGAUCUUCCACGGAGAGACAGUCGCUCAAUGGAGAAAAGCGAAUUAUCAAGAACAAGAAGACUAUGCCAACUUUAAAGAAUUGUUAGAAGCUCCAGUCGUUGAUGCACAAGAGUUAUUGGAAGAUAGAUUACCUAUUCCAAGAUAUAUCGUUUGUGAUCAAGGUGGAUCGCAAGCGAGAUUCUUAUUAUCAAAAUUGAACCCUUCAACUACACAUCAAUCUGGAAGUAUGUACGGCGCAGGUCCCGCAGGUGGUCAAGCUAUCUUUACAGAUGAUGUCAGUCUGCAAGUAUUCAUGGAGCACCUAAAGAGAUUGGCUGUUGGUGCUUCUACGAGCUAG